UGCGAAAAAUGCAAAAACUUUGGCUGUGGUUACUAAAGCAAUUGUGCAUAAUAGUGAUGUAUUAUUAUAUAAAAUGUCGAAGUCAAAUGGUUUUUUCGACUGCAUAGAACACACAAGAUUAUGCAAAGCAGGAGUGGGGGAAAAACUCUAUUGGUACUACUUUUUUAGGGCGUGUGAGGAAGAAUAUUAUCUCCCUGCGGGGGAGGAGACAUUGGUCUACAAGAAAGGAAAUGGGCCAAUCAUUGACCUUUCCUUUCAAUAGUCAACAAAUGCAAAACAAGUGGAGGGGGGGGGGGCGAAAAAAAGGAAAACUCGAGCAUCCGCCCCCAUCAGGUAUGCAAAGGACCCCCCACCAAGGGCAAACCUUCAAAAAAGUGUGGAAAACUUAGCCCCUCCUCCUCUAAACUAGGGAUGCAUCAAGGACCCCAGUGAGAUCAUUUUACUGCAUUUACGUUUUUUACGUCAAAAUGACAUCAAGUCAAAUGAACUCAUCUCCAAAAUCCAGUUAUCAAUCAGGUUAUCAGCCUGGAACUUUUAAACCUAAAAAAUCUAAAUAUGGUGGAAACAAGGCCAAUCAAAACGGAAUUAAGAUAAUUAGUGAUCGUGUAGUGCAAUAUAACAGUGAUGAGAAAAGAUCAAUUGAAAAAAUAGUGAAAAAUGUGAAACUCCAACGACGUGAAAUUUCCAAGACAGCCCCUGUCAUAAAUAUUGACUUUGACCUCCAAACGGUUGAAAAGAUGAAGAAAAAAAACUCAACCAGACGAUUGGGCCAUAAAUCAGCCGGUAGCACUCAAAGUGGCUCUAAAAUCCUGAAAGUCAAUAAUAAAAAAACAAGUGAAAUCAUGCAAGCUCGCGAAAAACGUUUAAAACUCGCGGAAAAAAAGAAGGCCGACUUUAUCGCUCGCGAAAAACGUCGCGAACUAGCUAAGGAAAAACAAAGACAAUUUAGAGCUCGCGAAUCAGAAAAAAAUCGAUCCAAGGACAACACAUCGAAGGAUAUCAUCCCUGAGCCCAUGAUGGAAUUGGAUUCAUCGAUCGAGAUCAUUCCCAGCACUCCAUCAGUCAUCAAUUUAAUCCUGGAACGCGAGGGUGAAGAUGCUCAGCUUGGACCAUUGAAUUUCGCGACCUCAACCCCGAAAAAACCGCGAAAAUCUAUCGAGGAAAUCGAGGCCGUUCUAGUCGCGUUGGGCGCGAAUCUAGAACAAAGGAAUCGCGAGGACGAUUACGAAGGGCGAUGGGCUCCAACGCAGCGCCAAAAAGAGCUUGAUCAAAUUGCGAUGCAAUUGGAUCAAAGCGGGGAUGAUGAUGAUGAAGGAUUGGCCAUCCAGAGUCUUGAUUUCACCCCGUUAUCACCCAGUAAUCGUUCAGGUUAA